UAGCAAAGCAAGCGACAACAACAAUAUCAUCAGCAACAACGACGACAAAAGCGGCAAAAGCACGAAGAAACCGCAACAAAGACUAUACAUGAAAAAAAAUACGAAUAAAUAAAAAUUAAGCAAAAGCUAAAUAUUUCAUUGGAACGCGUAGUGCUACCACAGUGGUCGCGUUUGUUUUUGUUUUGUGCAUACUCUACAUACUUAUAAUACACAGGUAGUACUUACAUAUGUGGGUACAAACACAAACACACAUAUGUAUGUACGUAUGUAUUCACAUACAUAUGUAAAUUGUUCACAAUUGUGAAAUUGCAAGGCGCAUUGUAAACAUGCUUGCCCAUUUUUGAUAAACACGAACUAAGUGUAACUGCACCGAAGCGACAAUAACAAUACCAUCUCCCAUUGCUGCGCUCUCAGCGCCAGUCGCCGCUCAUUGUUUACCGUAAUAAAACAAAAUCAAAUUAGAACGACGAAUGAACAUAAAUACAUACAUAGAGGAGAUAAAACACAGGCGCCAAUAGGACCGGGCGCAAAGGCGAAAGAAAAACCGCCCACAAGUGCAGAAGAGUGUUUUUUUGUAGUGAAAGUUGACACUAAAAACGACAAAAAAACAAUAAUACCAACAAUAACAGCUACAACAACAAUAUUAACUGCAACAACAAGAAAACAGUUAAUUGACAAGGGCAUCCGCGCACCUAGACUCGGACACAUCCAUUCCAGUAGGAUUAACGUUAUUUUUUUACCCACACACAUACAUAUAAUGAACCGUUCGAACAGUUUUGUUAGCUCGUUAAAAUGGUGGCCACUGCAGGGCCAUAAUCACAACAGCCAACAGGCCACAGAAAAUGGGGGUGCCUCGCAAUCAGCCCCCUCCUCACCCACCUCGAAUUGGCCCACCUCAGUGGUGCUGCAGCAACACAAAACCGGUGGCGCCAACGUCACCUUUGGCAGCAGCGUCGCCGUCCAAAAGCUCCGCGAGUCAAAAUGGUUCAAACCGGAGGAGCAGCGCAUCUUUUGUGCCGUCGUCGAGUGCGGCUUCAUUGUGGAGGUCCGCAGCAGUGCUGCAGCCGAUGCGGCCGCUGCAGCAGCAGCUUCAGCCGCUGCCGCCGCCCUGGCCAAUGACGCCGACUCCCUGGACAUUGACUGUUCGGGCCUUACACUGGCACCACCAAAACCAACCCAACUAUCGCAACCACUCAUCAUCAUUCCGCGCAACGGCAGCACCAGCAUCAGUUUUAUGGAGGCCCAGGACGAAAACGAGACACCAGUUACCUCCUGGUUUGGCAUCGUGCUGUGCAAGGUAGCCAAAGACAAUAAACCAAAACCUGAAACCAUUGAGAUAUUUUCUGUGAAAAUACGCGAGAAUGGCACAUAUAAGCUCAUAAAAAUGUCUCUAAACGACAUCUGGAGCCAUGGCUGGGAGUUGCGUAUCAAUAAUUUUGCGGACAAGGAGAAAAUGCCGCAUAACGAGAAGGACAUACGCAAUCAGGUGUCUCUGGCCCGCAAAGCCAAGCAGAGUCUGUGGAACAACAACAAACAUUUCGCGUAUUGGUGCCGCUAUGGCAGUCGCCAGCAGGAUGUCCGCAAGAGACAGAUGUCGGAGUGCGUUAAAUGGAGCAGCGUUGGCAUGAAUGCGAGCAUGCUACUGGUGCUCAAUAAUAGACAGAAUCGCUACUCUCAAUCAGAAACAAAAUCGAAAUAACGAAACUGUAACUUAGAUGAUUGCUCUGUCUUUGUUUAUUUUAUUUGUUGAUUGUUCAUUCAGUUGUACAUAAGUUUUCGAUGUGGCGCCUAUUCUCUCAAAAACAAUACUAAGUAGAAUAUAUACAUACAUACAUAUACAUAUAUAGUUGAUUCUAUACACAAUGCGAAACGCCUAUCAUCACGAAUUUCAGUUGUUAUUUUCUAAAUUGUUUUUGUUGGCAAAUUCAAUUGAUUUAUAAAAGUAUUAAGUCAAGUUAUGAUAAGAUAAGGGCAUGUCUAAAGUCAAGUCAAACUGACUAACCAAUUCGUCUAUAUACAUAUGUAGGUAUAAUACAUACUCGUAUACCUACAUGCAUACAUACUUGUAUUAUAAGUGCAGAAAGAUCGAAGUGUCAACCACUUUGAGUGCUGUUUAUUGAUUCCAAGAUAAUGAUACAUACAUACAUACAUAUAUGUGUAAGAAACUAUAUACCUACAUGCAUACAUACAUACAUAUACACAUAUAUAGAGAUGGCGCCGCGCCCCCUUGAGAACAUUGUGACUAAUAAUGCGUGAAUUGCUUAAAUAUUUCAACACUAGUACUAGUUAUUACUUAAAUGCAUACAUACAUACAUAUUUAGCCGAUAUACUGAAGCAUCAACUGCGUAAUUACACACACACCUCUAGACACCCACAUAUGUACACCCACAAAUACAUGACACAUGUCCAUUUAAUCAUCGAUUGCUCUAUUGUUACAAUCUGGAAUAUCUGCGACUACGAGUCCAAAAGAGACAGCGCGCGUGCGCGCGCGAAUGUGUGUGAGAGAGAGAGAGCGAGACAGAAAUUCGAAAAGACUUAUUAUCAUUCCAGAAUGUCUAGUAUAUUUUUUCCCUAUUUAGAUAUUAUAACCAAUAAAAAUGUUUGCCCAUGGAACGCACCAAA